AUGUUCUUUCGAUCACUUUAUGGCUCACGUAUGCCCCAAACACUUUAUCCUCGUAUCGAUCCACAAGCGUCUAGUUAUUGGGAAGAAGACACUAGUAGUUCUUUGGAAAUUGCACGUACAAUAGAAGAAGCUGAUGCAUUAUAUACGGAGCCUGUGGAGCAAGAUAAGAAGAAGAAUACGAUGCUAGCAGCAGCUGCUUUGAUUGGAGACGAGUAUGCCAAUUGUCGUCAUUCUGUCCCGAUGUUAUCGUCUCAAUUGGCAGCUCUACUAGGACCUGACGGUCUAGCGUUGGAAAAUGUAAAGAGUUUAAAGGUAGACGACAUGGAUGUGUCGCCAAUUAAUGCGCAGCUAUCACCUACUGGACUCAUUUCAAUCGCUGCGGCUGACAUUGACGAAGCGGCCACGAAUAAUUCACAUCAUAUGCCGCCUGUUAAUGGAGAACUGGACUUGGCAUUUAUUCACUCGCUACGUAGAGCAUCUAAUGUGUCCAAGACGGAAGGGAACGUUUGUAACCCGUCACAUGUGGUAAACGCAGCACUGACCCAAUUGCUUGGGUCUGCACCUGCAUCGAAUGGGUCAAUUUCUGAUGAUUCGAUAACAGAUGCUGAAAAUGUGGAAAGUAGGAGCAAGUUUUUCUCACUCGUUCGUCGCCAUUUACAAAUGCUAAAAUCGACUUCAUCCUCGUUGGUUACACCAAAGAUUGGCAAUGCCGCAGAUGAGGAUCGAAGCAAGCUGCGCUUUUUAUCGUUGCUUCGUCGCAUCAACGAACUUCGCUCUCAGCAAGUCGAUAAUGGAAGCUGGGAUGGUGUUCCGUACCCGCAGAUUAUUGCCCUUCCAACGUUCAACUACCAGAUUCGUGAUCAACUUGGUGCCGAAAAAAAAUCAGAAAAAGAUAGCGAGGUGUGCAACACGGUUUGUGCAGUAUGCUGUGAUGAGUUUGAAUUGGGAGAAGAAGUGCGCGCUUUACCGUGUUUGCACUUUUAUCACCGCGAAUGCAUUGACCAAUGGCUCAUGUGCCACCGCCAGUGCCCGAUCUGCAAGCAUGUCGUUGCCGUUUAUUGA